GCGGGGCUCACCCGCUGCCCUCGCCCGCCCCGCCGCAGGCAUGUCGGAGCGCGAGCGGCAGGUGAUGAAGAAGCUGAAGGAGGUGGUGGACAAGCAGCGGGACGAGAUUCGCGCCAGGGACAGGGAGCUGGGUCUGAAGAACGAAGACGUGGAGGCCAUUAUCCUAGCGUUUCUGGCCUCAGCAGUUCUAAGAAUACGAGCAGACUUCAAACAAAGCAAGAUGUCUCCGCUGCAGCAGCAGCAGACGCGGCUGAUGAAGAUCAACCACGACCUCCGGCACCGCGUCACAGUGGUGGAGGCCCAGGGGAAGGCCCUGAUUGAACAGAAGGUGGAACUAGAGGCAGAUCUGCAAACCAAGGAACAGGAGAUGGGCAGCCUGCGGGCAGAGCUGGGGAAGCUGCGAGAGAGGCUGCAGGGUGAACUCAGCCAGAAUGGAGAGGAGGAGCCCGAGACGGAGCCGGGCGGAGAGGAGUGUGUCUCAGAGGCGGAGAAGAUGGCCAUGGAUCUCAAGGACCCCAACCGCCCCCGCUUCACCCUGCAGGAGCUGCGGGACGUCCUGCACGAGAGGAACGAACUCAAGUCCAAGGUGUUUUUGUUGCAGGAGGAGCUGGCGUACUAUAAGAGGUGAGCGUCCCCGGGAGCGCCAGGGCUGGCUCCUUGCUGGGGUUGUGCGGAGUUUGGGAAGGACAAGGACUGCAUCUGUCUCCGUUCCGGGGACCCUGUCUGGAAGCGCUUAACGCACAAGUUCACGAUCCCUUUCUGAAACUCUUGGGCCCAGGUGCGUUUUCUAAUUCAGCACUUCCCAGCUGUUAGAAAGGAAUAUAUAACACACACCACCAGCGAGUCCUGCGGCAGCCCCCCCAAGUCAAACACGCUAAUAUUUUUGUGGCCAAG